AUGGAGUUAGAGUUUCAGGAGGAAGCAGCAGUCAACUUUGGUAAAUCUUUAAUAGUACCGAGUGUUCAGGAAUUAGCAAAACAACCCAUCGUCGACAUCCCACCUCGAUAUAUUCGUUCUCAUGAGGACCCUCCGAUUGCCACCCAUGACUCCUGUCUUCCAUCUGUACCUGUCAUUGAUCUUCAGAAAUUGGCUUCUGUGGAUUAUGAAUUGGAGAGGCUGCACUUAGCUUGCAAAGAAUGGGGAUUCUUUCAGGUUAUAAACCAUGGAGUUAGUAUUUCAUUGCUGGAGAAAUUCAAGUUGGAAAUUGAAAAUUUCUUCAAUCUUCCAUAUGAAGAAAAGAAGCAGUUGUGGCUGGAGCCAGACAACCAUGAAGGUUUUGGGCAGCUCUUUGUGGUUUCAGAGGAUCAAAAGCUAGACUGGUCAGAUAUGUUCUAUAUCACAACCCUUCCACUCAAUCUGAGGAACACUCAACUCUUUAACAAGCUUCCUGCAAAUCUCAGAGAGGUGUUAGAAACUUAUUCCAUGGAAGUGAAGAAGCUAGCUAUGGGAAUAUUAGAUCACAUGGCUAAAGCAUUAAACAUGGAUUGUGAAGAGAUGAGAGAUAUGUUGAAUGAUGGAGUUCAAUCAAUGAGAAUGAAUUAUUAUCCUCCAUGUCCUGAACCAGAGAAGGCCAUUGCUCAAUGA